GCAGAGCGCACAAAUCCAAAUAUGCUCUUUGCAAAUUUCAAUCAAGACUUCACGUGUAUAUCGGUCGGGACUAAGAAAGGGUACAGCAUCACCAACUGCGAUCCAUUUGGGCGGGUGUACACCAUGAACGAUGGUGCUCGUGGCAUCGUUGAGAUGCUCUUCUGCACGUCACUCAUCGCGUUGGUUGGUGCGGCGGACCAGCCUCAAUCAAGCCCUCGCAAGUUACAGAUUGUGAACACUAAGCGACAAUCCAUGAUCUGCGAAUUACUCUUCCCGUCGUCAAUCCUUGCUGUCAAAUUGAACAGGAAGACUCUCGUGGUUGUAUUAGAGAAUGAGAUCUACAUUUAUGACAUCUCGAAUAUGCGAUUGAUGCAUGUCAUUGAGACCACCCCAAAUCCCGAAGCCGUUUGUGCUCUAUCCCCGUCCGCCGAUUCAUCGUACUUGGCGUAUCCAUCACCCGUCCCUUCUCCUGCGACCCCUCUCUCACAGCAAACCACUCCAGCAUCACAGCCUCCGCCAACGACGCAACAAUCUGGCGAUAUCAUACUGUUUUCGACUCGAAAAUUAAUCGUGGAGAACGUAAUACAGGCACACAAAGCGCCAAUAUCUUUCCUUUCUAUCAAUUCCAGUGGGACUAUGCUUGCGUCCGCAUCCGAGAAGGGUACUGUUAUUCGAGUAUGGAGUAUACCGGGUUCGGAGAAAUUAUAUCAGUUCCGACGAGGAACGCGAGAAGCUCGAAUUUAUUCGAUGAAUUUCAACACCAUGUCAACACUACUCGCCGUCAGUUCUGCACACGAUACUGUACACAUUUUUAGUUUGGGGCCCCAAAAGCCGUCGAAUUCAUCAGGAAAUGGGAAGGGUGGUCCGUCGCUGAGCCCUUCCCCUUCAUUUGACAGUCGCGAUGGCAAUCAGGGUAUGGAAGGGGGUUACGAGGCGUUCAUUGACGGGAAGAAAGGCGGUGGUGUAUCUGAAUUUUUGCGGCGGCGGUCAAUGAAAUUGACAAAGAACAUCACGUCGUCUGUUGGCGGGUAUCUCCCAAAUACCCUGACGGAGAUGUGGGAACCGUCGAGGGAUUUCGCCUUUCUGAAACUUCCAGUAAGCGGUUCGCGAUGUGUUGUGGCGCUGAGCGGAACCAUGCCUCAUGUCAUGGUAAUCUCUUCUGAGGGGUAUUUCUACUCCUACAACAUUGACCUUGAAAAUGGUGGGGAGUGCUCUCUGAUGAAACAAUACAGUCUAUUGGAUAGUUCGGACGAGUCGACCGGUUUGGUGGAGUGAUGCCUUUGCUCCUCGUUUUCCCUUGUACUGAUAAUUGUCUCUGUACUAUACAUUUCGCAUUUUUAUGGCAGUCGUGAUAGUAUCGUAUUUACAUUAAC